CUCACACUAAACCCUUGCUGAUUUGUAAUAUGGCAGAAAACCAUUUGGUGUUUUGGUAAAUGCAGGUCACAAUCCAAUAAAUUAACCCAAGACCAAGCGUUGGACCAGAUUGGAAAGUUUGCCAGUUGGGGACCUCUGUUGUGUUUAUUCUUAGCUCUGCGUAUUCGGCCAGUCUAUCUCUUAUUCUCUUUAUGGUCAUUAUUUGACCCCUCUCUCUCUCUCUCUCUCUCUCUCUCUCUCUCUCUCUCUCUCUCCAUAUCCUUUCAAUACCAUUGGCUUGCAAUACCAUUGGCUUGCAAUUCAGCUCACCGUCAAACUUAUCCCAAUACAAAGAAGAAGAAUGGCAAACAGUAGACAGACCAACUUACUCCUGCUGUACUUCACCAUAAUUUGUGCUGCACGUUUAACUCAAGGUUAUAGAAAACAAGUUGGAGUUCCCUUUACUCAUAGGGUCAUUCAUUUUCCUCCCUCGGAAAGGGAAUUCCCUCUGCAGGGUUUUGGGGAUCAAUGGAAGAACAAGGACUCAAGAAGAAUGAUGAUUGGAUCAACUGCACCAACCUGCACUUACAAUGAAUGCAGGGGAUGCAAGUACAAGUGCAGAGCAGAACAAGUUCCAGUGGAGGGGAAUGACCCAAUCAACAGUGCAUACCACUACAGAUGUGUCUGCCAUAGGUAAUAAAUUCACAGCAGAGAGAGCUAGUACUACUAGAAACUGAGCUAAGAGAAAUUGUGAAAUUGUGCAGCAAAAUUGCAUGGACUUUUUCAAGUCUAUUAAGUCACCUCUAUUUGCUGCACUGUUUUGUUAGUAAAACUAGUUACAUGAGUGUCCCAUUAGCUGUUAUAGGAUUCUUUCCAGAUUCGGGAUGUUGGCUCGUAUGUUACCUUAUUAAGUUGCAGAGAUUAGUUUUGUCAUCGGUUGCAUAUAUAUUGAAAAAAGAGUAUUACCUUCGGUUAUAUCCGCAAAA